CCACGGCACGGCACCUCCCGCCCCCCGCGCAUGCGCAGCACGACGCGCCCCCCCCGCGCAGGCGCUCUGCGGAGACAAGAUGGCGGCGCCCGUGGACUUGGAGCUGAAGAAGGCCUUCACGGAGCUGCAGGCUAAGGUGAUAGACACGCAGCAGAAGGUGAAGCUGGCCGACAUCCAAAUCGAGCAGCUAAGCAAGACGAAGAAGCAUGCCCACCUCACUGACACGGAGGUCAUGAUGCUAGUGGAUGAGACCCGCAUGUACGAGGGUGUGGGGAGAAUGUUUAUUCUUCAGUCUAAAGGAGUGAUUCAUAAUCAGCUCUUAGAAAAACAGAGAAUAGCCGAAGAGAAAAUUAAGGAAUUAGAGGACCAAAGAAACCAAAGCACCGAGUUGGGGAACUUACCACAUUUUGCAAGAGGCAAUUUGGGGAGGAACACUUCCGCCAAAGCAAAACAUGGGGAUUUUCAGAAUCUGGUUACACAGAGCAACUCUCUCCUCCUCUACUGAAAAUGGUGUCCUGUGGUUGAGGCAACAGCAGAAGAAGUCGUACCUGGAGCGGAGUGUGAAGGAAGCAGAAGAUAACAUCCGGGAAAUGCUGAUGGCCCGAAGGGCGCAGUAGCUGUGUGGUUCCCCCCUGGUCUCCCGUGACACCCUCUGGGUGGUUUUGGGCAGCUCUGCCUGCGCAUUGCUCACCGCCGCCUGGUGGCGUGAGCUCCAUUCUGUGGCAGUCUCAAUAAAACUUCUGUGAAGCCUGA